UCGCAAUUCUUGUUGGUCUUUUAUUUUGAAAAACGGAAGUUUCUACCACCUAUUUGUAGCUUUCAUAAUGAAGUCAGAGGAAGAAAGGGUUAAUAUGCCCGUCUUAUAGAAAUGAUUGUAUUUCUACGAGACUAAAGGCUUAGCCCGUUUCCAGGGAUAGACGGAUUCAACGAAGUCGAAGAUCAUGUCGGCAGUUAAGGUUGCCCUCCAACACGCUCAAAAAAGCGGGAGGAGAAAAAACUCUGAAGCGAUGUCUGUGGAAGUCUCUCCGGACUCCAAGUGUCCCAUCUGUUUGGACGUUUUUCACAAUAUUUCUUACCUGGAUCGUUGCCUCCACAAGUUCUGCUUUCGCUGCAUUCUUGAGUGGUCCAAGAACAAAGCUGAGUGUCCCCUCUGUAAACAGCCGUUCACCUCAAUCUAUCACAGUAUCAAAUCCGAGCAAGACUUUCAAAAGUAUGAACUGAAGCAGCAAGUGGAGAACACCUCGUUUGGUUAUUUUGAGGGAGUGCGGUUCCGGUAUCGCACCACUCUUACCGGUGUCCAUCGGCAGAUGCGAGGAAGAACCUCUCCGCCUCCGGAUAAUGGGGUGAUGUUUGAAGCUUCUGCGAAUCCUCCUCUUCAGCGGCAGGAUCGCUACAUUCGGCGGAUGAUGGCGCGGUUGGCAGCCAGGAGGAGAGCAGAGAGUGAAGGCAGGACAGUCAACAACGUCAGAGAGCAAGAGAUGAUAAAUUUCCGGAGAGAGCUGUACCGACAGGGCGUCAAGGUUCGCAGCGUUCGAGACGGCGGCCGCUCUCGGGAUACCUCCGCCGAGUUCUACCGCAGAAACCCCGCCUGCCUGCAUAGGUUGGUGCCCUGGUUAAAAAGAGAACUCACCGUGCUGUACGGAGCUCACGGCUCUUUGGUCAACAUAGUUCAGCACAUCAUCAUGUCGCGCAUUACACGCUACGAUAUGGAAGACGGAGCGAUUCAGGAAGAGCUGAGGCCGUUCCUCCAGGCUCGAACUGAGCAUUUUCUGCACGAGUUCAUCAGUUUCGCCAAGUCCCCCUUCAACAUGGAGGCGUAUGACCAGCACGCCGUUUAUGACUGUCCGGCCCCCUCCUCCAACGAAGACAGCAACUCCAACUCGUCCGUUAUUGCCAUCUCAGAAGAGGAUGAGAACCUCGUCGAGAUAGAACAACCUGGAGGAUCUGCCUCUUCUCUGAGCCAGUCUGUGUGGGACGAUGAGACUCCCGGUCCGUCGUAUUCAACAACAGCAGAUCCAGGCAGGAUAUCCCACCUGUCGGUCCAUGACUCGGACUCUGAAAGCAGUUCAGAGGGGGACGUUCAAGAGUUCAGGCCUCCCCAACCGCAAGUGAGUCCAAGUAUCCAAAUAGACAUGACUCAGGAGAACUGUAACGACGAAGAUUGUCCAUCGUCCGACAGUGAUGACUGUGUGAUCAUAGGAUUUGUUAAGCCAACAAAAGAAAGGACUCCAGAGGUGGUACAGCUGUCCUCUGAUUCUGAUGAGUCUUCCGGGGAAGAUGUCAAAGCUGCGCCUCUCCAACCGAAGCACAUUCGUUUCCCCAGCCGUAGUCCAGCAGCUUCACCGAUGAGCGAAUGCAGCGGCUCCAGAGGAGCAAGAAACCCAAGAAACGAUCAACAUCCCAAUGGAAAUGAGGAGUCUGGCUCAUCAAAAUCAAGCAAAUCUAAAAAGUCUCACAGAAAAGAGACAGACCGAAGACGUUACAAGUCAAAAGACAAAGAGCACAGAAGACAGAGAGGAAGGUCAAAAAGUGGAGAGUACAGACAAUCAAGCAGAAGUCCAGACAUCUCACACAGUCACUCCAUCAAUGGAAGUUAUUCUUACGCUAGCAAAGACUUUCCCAAACAUGACAGGAGGCAUAAAGUUAGAGGUAGUGACUCCUACUCGUAUAACCAUCACAGACACGAGACAGAUUGCCCACGUAAGCAUGCCAGCUAUCACAGCAGCCAGAAGCACACUCGAUCUCGCUCCAGGAGCCCCAGCAGGGAGACCAGGAGACGAGACAGGAGGAGGACUCGAUCCAGAACUUCCUCCAGCAGCUGCUCCCCUUCGUCGAGAAGAAAUACGCACCACGAGAAGCCCAGCGGGAAGAGGAAAUACAAAACGAGGCACUUGGAGGAACCAGACGGACAGAGGCACCACAGCCAGGACGAAGAAGGGGGCUCGGUGUCGGCCACACACCAGAAAAAGUCUAAGGAAAGGCGUCGUAAAAAAUCCAAAGAAAGGCAGAGAAGGAACAGCAGCAGUGUGGAGUCAAAAGAACACCAGCAAAGGAAACACCAUAAAAAGAGGAAACACAAGAAAAAAAGCAGUCGGCAAAGGAGUGAUGAGCACAAAAAAACCUGCUUGCCCUCUGUUGUCGCCAUUGUUAGUAAAGAUGAGUCUUUUGCUAAUAACAGGCAGAUGUGUAGCACAGAUGAGGAUAAAGAUCUUGAUUGUAUCGACUAGCCACCCAAAUUUAUAUAGUUCUUCCUAACUUUUCAACACAGCUGCCAGAAUUGAAUUAAAAGGAUCAUAAAGUAAAAUCGAGUAAUUCAGUAAAAUCAAAAUUACAUUUUGAACUAAGUUGUUAAUGGUUUUUGUUGACAUUCCAUCACAGGACAAUGUUGUGGUUUUCCUGCUUUCUGUCUAUUGUGCCAUUCACGAGGAACAGAAGAAGAUUGGGAUGCAUAGCUGUUGCUGCAGAUGUUUUUUUUCCUGUAGGCCUCUUGUUUGAUGUGCUAAACUGUCCUCAGGGAAAUGAUGACUCUGUCCUUAAGUCUGAAUAGUACAGUAUUCUGUAAUGCAUAAAUAAUACUGCCUUAAAAAAA